AUGGCGGGGCCCCCCCCGGGAGCGGAGCGGGGCCCGCGGGCGGUGGCGGCGCUCAGCAGCGGCCCCGCGGCCUUCGAGGGCGAGCCGCCGCCCUACUCGCCGCCCGACCCCCGCAGCGCCCACCUGCUCUGCCCGCCCUUCGCGCCCGCCUUCGCCCCGCAGCCUUCCAGCGCCUUCCAGCCCGGCCUCGGGCCCUGCCCGCAGCCCGGCGCUCCCCUGCCCUUCAUCCCCUUCGAGCCGCGGCCCAGCCCCGCGCCGCCCGCCGCCAGCCAGCAGCCGCCCAAGGACUACCUGGUGGAGUCGGUGCUGGUGACCGUCUUCUGCUGCCUGCUCACCGGCGUCGUCGCGCUCGUCUACUCUCACGAGACCCGCGCCGCGCUGAGCCGCGGGGACGUGGCCCAGGCCAAGGUGGCGUCCAGGAAGGCCCAGUCGCUGGUGCUCUUCAGCCUGCUCUUCGGCCUCUUCGCCUCCUUCAGCUGGGUCGUCUACGUCCUGGUGGCCCUCUACCUAUGACAGGGCCCCGAGCCCCAGCAGCACGGAGCGUGCCGGGGGCUCCUUGCAGCCUGGGGGGCUCUGAGCGGACGGAGCGGCCGCAGCCCCUGUGUGGCAUUGCCAGGGCUGCUGCGGAAGGAGGGUGACGACCGGGAGGAAGGUGACAACCGGGCGCCAUCAGGAAUUGUCCUGCCGAGGCAGCACCAGCGCUCGCUGGCUUCCCGGAGGCCACAGCCCAGGCAGGACGGAUGCGGACCAAGGCGAUGCUGGCGCCGAGCCCUGCCUGAGCUGGCAAGGAGCUGUGCUGGCCCCGCCGCACCGCACGCAGGAUCGGCCUCUGCAGUAGGUAUUUAGUCCUGUGGCUGGGACUGUCCCUUGGAGGAGCAAAAUACCCGGUAGCAGCAGCCCAGCUCAGGGAUGCAGCAGGAAGCGCACGCUGGAUGCUUGGCAGGGGGAGCACCUUGCGGAACUGGGGCUGGAAAUGGAGUAAACGGCCAAGAAGUUAACGAAAGGCCAAAGCGUGCGACUGCUCCGCACGGGCAGCUGCUGCUCUGGGCAUCCAAGUGCACCCUCCCCCUGCCAGUAAUUAAUAACGUGAGAAAAUACAAAAAUACGUAUUUUAGCUUUUAUGAUCAUUCUGCACGCGUAACUAUGCUGUAUCACCACCUUGUUGCUGCUUCCAGUUUUAAAUAAAAUCCAGGCACAGCCA